AUGUUAGUUUUAAUUUUCCCUUGGCCCAGGUGGGGAGGCAGCAGGCGAGCUACUAGACUGACCGUGGCCACAGCAAUUGGCAUUUGGAUAUUAGCAGCACUUUUAGCGACUCCUGCCUACUUGGGGUCAUACCUUCGGACAUUUGUCGUCAAUCCUACUACACAGUUCUUGGCGUGCUACCCGUACCCGAUAGAAUGGGGUGAGGGCUACCCUCGCGCAAUUGUGCUGAUGAGGUUCCUUGUGUACUACUCUUUGCCCCUGGCCGUCAUAGCACUAUUCUACAUACUAAUGGCUCGCCAUCUGGUGCUAAGUACACAAAACGUUCCUGGAGAAAUGCAAGGCACACAACGACAGAUGCGAGCUAGAAGAAAAGUGGCCGUUACAGUGCUGGCGUUCGUUUUAGUCUUCGCUGCAUGUUUCCUGCCCUCACAUGUCUUCAUGAUGUGGUUCUAUUACUACCCAACAGCCCAAGAUGAUUACAACGGCUUUUGGCACGCACUCAGGAUCAUUGGGUUCUGCACAUCCUUCAUCAACAGCUGCGUGAACCCCAUUGCCUUAUACUGUACCAGCGGUAUUUUCAGGAAACACUUCAACAGAUAUCUUCUAUGUAGAAGUAGUUCAACUCACGGUCAAAGAGGAUCACUUUCGCUCUCUACUUCAAGAAGAUUGCACUCCAGCAGAAAAACAAACAUCAGCAUGGUACCCAGAACAACCAGCAUGGGCCGCGAAAGCAGCAUCAGACUCCUGAACAAUGGUUCAUCAAAACUCUGA